UCCGGGUUGACAUCAGUUCCUGUUUUGCUGAUUUGCAUUUUUCGCAAGAAAAUCAAUUGCCGUGUUCUAGGAACUAAGAUAUCUAAAGACUGCCUUCAAAGAAUGCUUUGGGAUGUUGCAAUUAUUGGUGGCGGGGUGGUGGGAUGUGCGACACUAAACAAACUCACCAGUCUUGGAUACAAGUGUAUUCUCUUUGAGAGGAACCAACACUUAGUAUCUGGAGCAAGCUGUGGAAAUAGUGGCAUUGUGUCCUGCGGCUUUGAUUCAGGGGGACCUCUUGAAGAAAAGUUGAUACAGCGUGCCAGAGAAAUCAACACCAAAACUUUCUCCAGUCUUGACAUUCCACACAAAUACUGUGGAGCAAUUGUAGUAGCUUGGUCACAAGAACAGUGUGAUAAGCUACCAGAAUUGAUGAAAGAGGCUCAUUCUAUGGGGGCUAAUGAUGUAACUCUGCUAACACAAACCCAGCUGAGAGCACUGGAGCCUAACUUAUCCCACAAUGCACUAGCAGGUAUGCUGGUACCUUCUGAGAGUGUAGGAGAUUCCUGGUUGUUACCCAUAGUUCUUGCACAUCAAGCCAUUCGCUCUGGGUCACAGGUGAGCUGCAAUAGUCAAGUGCAUUCAGGUAGACAGUUGGAGGAUGGCACUUGGCAACUGGAAAUCAAUGACUCUGCACCAUGUCUAGCCAAAUGUGUCAUUAAUUCAGCUGGUCUCUAUGGUGAUGAGGUUGAGCAAAUACAGGGUGAGCCAAAAUUCAGGAUCCAACCUGUCAAAGGUGAAUAUGCGUUAUUCAGUAAAGAUGCAGGACAGCUGGUGAAACACAUCAUUGCUCCUGUCUGUACAGAUCCUAGAGUCAAGGGUGUUAUGGUUAUCCCCUCAGGACAGCUUGUGAACCACAUCAUUCUACCAGUCCCAACGGAUAGAACCAAAGGAGUCCUGCUCUUCCCAUCAGUAUAUGGAAACUUAAUUGUUGGUCCCACUGCAGAAGAUGUAAAUGAGCGAUCAAACCCCACAAUAAAUGAUGAUGUCAUCAGUAAUCUUGUGAGCCAAGCAAGAGAUAUAGUCCCCGCCCUAUCCCAGCAUGCACCAGUGGCAACAUAUGCUGGUCUACGUCCUGCCACACAAUUUAGGGAUUACCAAAUUAGUGCAAAUUCUGAAAGGAAAUGGGUGACAGUUGGUGGGAUCAGGUCCACAGGUUUUUCAGCGUGUCUUGCCAUAGCAGAAUAUGUAGCUGGUCUUCUCCCCCAGAUUCCUGUUGCACCCUCUAGAUCGCCACCUCCAGAAAACACCCAUCCCGUGCCCUGGUGGCCUGAUGGAAACACCCUUGUUCUUGAUGGUGUGAAGUAUAAUGUCACGCAUCCUCUCACUUCACAUGGACGAUCAGUCGCUAAACUUUAACUCAUCUUAAUCUUAAGUAUUGAGAUGAUCCCUAUCAAUGGUGAUAAAGGGGCUCCUUAUUGAUGCAAUAAAAGAUUGACUGUGCCAUAUAUAGAAGUUAAUGUAAUUAAUGACUUUGAAGUUUGAGUGUGGAAACAGCAUGUUUAAGAUGAGGAGUGCCAUUCUCAAUAAUGUAAUAUAUUUAGUAGAUUUUGACGUCUGUGUAGUUAGAGUAAAAGGACAUGUCCCACCUUAAUGUAUUAAUAGUUACAAUAUGUUACAUUGCAUAAAUGCAUCGAUACAUUCAUAAUGGUCUUUCUACAAUUUUAGGGGUCAGAUCAAAAUCUCAGUAUGUGUUUUCCAUGAAAACAACUCAAUGAAU